AUGCUGGACACCGAGUGGCGGUGCAACCACUGCGGACAUGAUCACGAGUACAUGGGCGACGAUCGGCGGGAGGAGAAGUAUGUUUAUAUCAUAGAGAGCACCUCUCAAGCAACCGAAGUCAAGGGAAGAAGAAAAAAAGAGGAGGAGGAGGAGGAGGAGGAGGAUAUUGUAGAAGGCAAGGAGGAGGAGGAGAAGAAGAAGAAGAAGAAGAAGAAAAAGGAGAAAAAGGAGAAAAAUAAGAAGGAGAAUGAAAAAGAACACAAAGGGGUCGUCGUUUCUUCGGAUGAUACGUAUCAUACACUUGACUAUGACGAGAAUGGGAACUGGGUGGUGCUUGCUGGGGAGCAGCUUGUUAGGUUUCAAGUUGAUGAUGGUGCCGGUCAACAAGUUUCUGGUUACCAUGAACAACACGGUGAGGGGAAUGGGAAGAAAAAGAGGAUAAGUGAUGGAGAAACGCAUGCACAAUUGAAGCAGCGGGCGCGAAAGGAUGAGCAGCAGCAGCAGCAUCAGCAGCAGCAGGUGGUGGAGGAGGGGGGAAUACAAUCCAGCCCUGGGUUGUUUGUUACUUUGGUACAGAAAGCUAGAGCUUACCGGGCUUAG